UAGUGUGAGUAGGAAUAAUAAAUGUCGAGCUGUUUGACUGGAGUCUAGUAGGGGUGUCGUAGAGAGAGAAUAUAGAGGCGUUUGGUUAAGGAAUCUAUGGAUGGAUGAAUAGAUAGCUUAUACACGUAUAUAUGUAUAUAGUUGAGUAUAUGCUCAUCGAUCAGACAAAGCGAAGCCGGUUACAGUUCCCCUUAAGCAGAAAACAUCACUGCGAAAUUAUCCCCAUCCUCCAUUUCUCCAAUUCUAAUUGGAUGCCACUUGCAGGACCCCUCCAUUGCUGAUUUCCCCUCUUGAUUACACUUGUCCCAUCGAAUCUUGUUGCUUUUGUUCUUAUCUUUCACCAAUAUGGGAGAGAGAAUUUCACCCUUCAGAUUUUGACCAUCCCUGAUACAGAUAACACUGAUAUGAUUUGAUCUAAUCUGGGUUCAAUCGUAUUUCUGCAGCAGAGGACAAGAGAGAUUUGGGUGGUUAGCACUUGAUCUAAAUAAUGGGUUGUUUUCCUUGUUUCGAUUUGAGGGAGGAGGAAAAGCUCAAUACCCGUAAACAGAAGGAUGAUCGGAGCGACAUCCACCCCACUGUGCUUACCAAUGUUUCAAGAUUAUCAUCAGGAGCAGAUAGACAGAAGACAAGAAACAAUGGUGGACCAAAGAAGAGGGAGUCAUCUGUUCCAAAGGAAGCUGGUGGGUUGGGUCUUGGUGGUCUUGGUGGUCUUGGUCUUGCCCUUGAAGGAGUGAAUAUUGCUGCACAAAUAUUCACUUUAAAGGAACUUGCAACCGCAACAAAGAAUUUCAAGCCAGAGUGUUUCCUAGGUGAAGGAGGCUUCGGUCGCGUGUACAAAGGCUGGCUUGAAAGCACAGGACAGGUAAUCGCUGUUAAACAGUUGGACAGAAAUGGCCUUCAAGGAAACAGAGAAUUUCUUGUUGAGGUUCUCAUGCUCAGUCUUCUUCAUCAUCCAAAUCUCGUCAAUUUGAUUGGAUAUUGUGCCGAUGGAGACCAACGCCUUCUCGUUUACGAAUACAUGGCAUUAGGAUCUUUGGAAGAUCACCUUCACGACCUUCCACCUGAAAAAGAAGGUCUAGACUGGAACACGAGAAUGAAGAUCGCAGCAGGUGCAGCGAAAGGUUUGGAAUAUCUUCACGAUAAGGCAAACCCGCCAGUGAUUUAUAGGGACUUCAAGUCAUCUAACAUAUUAUUGGACGAAGGCUUCCAUCCUAAACUUUCUGAUUUCGGACUUGCUAAACUUGGUCCCACCGGUGAUAAGUCGCACGUCUCGACCCGGGUCAUGGGUACUUACGGCUAUUGCGCACCUGAAUAUGCUAUGACAGGUCAACUCACUGUCAAGUCUGAUGUUUACAGUUUCGGGGUUGUGUUUUUGGAGCUUAUAACCGGACGUAAGGCCAUUGACAGUGCCAAACCUCACGGAGAACAGAAUCUUGUGGCAUGGGCUCGUCCCUUAUUUAACGACAGACGUAAGUUUUCUAAACUUGCAGAUCCUGGAUUACAAGGUCGUUUCCCGAUGCGUGGGCUUUACCAGGCUCUGGCUGUGGCUUCUAUGUGCAUUCAGGAGCAGGCUGCUGGGCGUCCUUUGAUUGGGGAUGUGGUAACAGCCUUAUCGUAUUUGGCAAACCAGGCGUUUGACCCUUCGGCUAAUAGUAAUGCCCCACCCGGGCAGGGUAACAACAACAACAACAAAUACUCUGUUGUUGCAGAGAAGGAUGAGAAGAGGAGCGGAGGAGGAGGAGGGGGGAUAUCGAAGAACGAAGAUGGGGAAGGGUCGGGGAGGAAGUGGGAGUUUGAAUUAGGAGGAGGGUCGGAGAAGGACGAUUCACCAAGCGAGGCAGCGAGGAUGCUGAACAGGGAAAGAGCGGUUGCGGAAGCUAAGAUGUGGGGAGAAAAUUGGCGAGAAAAAAGACGCCAAAGCGCUCAGGGAAGCGCAGAUAGCAGCAGCAACAAUGGCUAAUUAAUAUAUAUAAGUUGUGGUGGUGGUGGUGGUGACCUCUUUCUUUUUUUUCUUUUGUUCUGUUUUUGCUAAUUUGAGGGUCAAACAGAAGCGCAUUGGUGUGCUCUCAACUCAACCCAUUUUCUUUCUUUCUUCUUCUUCAUUAUACACUAUAUAACUACUCUCUCUAUACUAGCUCUCUGUCUUUUCAACAAUACAAAAAGAAGAAAUUAUGAGUU